UGCUGGUAAACAAUAGCUUUGGCAUCGAUACGUCGAAAGCAUCGAAAGAUAUUGGAAGCAUUUCUCGCCGCGCUUCAUUUCUGCCAUUGCACUAGAAGACGGCAGCAACAAAUCGAGGCAUUAAGCAACAGAAUUGAAGCUCGCCUAAACUGAAGAACAGCAUGAAAAUGGUGUUGUCGCAGCGGCAGCGCGAGGAGCUUAACCAAGCGAUUGCCGACUAUUUGGGCUCAAAUGGCUAUGCUGAUUCAUUGGAGACCUUUCGUAAGGAGGCAGAUCUCAGCACAGAAUCGGAAAAGAAGUAUGGCGGGCUAUUAGAAAAGAAAUGGACAUCGGUCAUACGACUGCAAAAGAAGGUCAUGGACCUAGAGGCUAAGCUAACCGAAGCUGAAAAGGAGGUUAUCGAGGGUGCGCCCACAAAGAACAAACGUACGCCCGGCGAAUGGAUACCCAGGCCGCCAGAGAAAUACUCACUAACAGGACAUCGAGCCAGCAUAACGAGGGUUAUAUUUCAUCCAAUAUUUGGACUCAUGGUGUCGGCUUCAGAGGAUGCCACCAUUAAAAUUUGGGAUUUCGAAACUGGCGAAUAUGAGCGUAGUCUAAAAGGACACACAGACUCUGUGCAAGAUGUGGCAUUUGAUGCGCAGGGCAAGCUUUUAGCCUCCUGCAGCGCUGAUUUGUCCAUUAAACUGUGGGACUUUCAACAAAGCUACGAGUGUGUGAAAACCAUGCACGGUCACGAUCACAAUGUAUCCUCGGUGGCCUUUGUACCCGCCGGCGACUACGUGCUAUCCGCAUCGCGUGAUCGCACCAUCAAAAUGUGGGAGGUGGCCACAGGAUACUGUGUAAAAACUUACACCGGCCAUCGGGAGUGGGUGCGAAUGGUGCGCGUGCACAUUGAAGGCAGCAUCUUUGCCACAUGCUCAAAUGAUCACACAAUACGCGUUUGGUUGACAAAUUCAAAAGACUGUAAGGUUGAAUUACGCGAUCAUGAGCAUACGGUGGAAUGCAUUGCAUGGGCGCCAGAGGCUGCCGCAUCAGCGAUAAAUGAGGCAGCCGGCGCUGACAACAAGAAGGGUCACCAUCAGGGACCAUUCCUGGCAUCUGGCUCACGCGAUAAAACCAUACGCAUUUGGGAUGUCAGCGUUGGACUGUGCCUGCUCACAUUGAACGGGCAUGACAAUUGGGUGAGGGGCUUGGCAUUCCAUCCCGGUGGCAAAUAUUUGGUAUCAGCCAGUGAUGACAAGACCAUUCGGGUCUGGGAUUUGCGCAACAAGCGAUGCAUGAAGACGCUCUAUGCGCAUCAGCAUUUCUGCACAUCCAUUGAUUUUCACAAAGCGCAUCCGUAUGUCAUCUCUGGUAGCGUAGAUCAAUCAGUUAAAGUUUGGGAAUGUCGUUAAGAAUUCAGCAGAAAAUGAUUUGCUUAUUUCUCAAUUUAA